AUGUCUCCUACGGAUCCCACAGAUAACUCCUCCGGCCUGUCUGGCGCCACGCAAAAUGACAAGACCGUUCCGGUGACGAGCGCCGAGCCCGCGGGGUCCAAGGCUGAAACAGACCUUGCCAAUCUCCAGAACCACAACGACGAUGGAAAAGCUACAAUGUCUGCGAAAGCAGCGGGCAAGCAGCAGGCCACCGACGAUUUGAUCGACUUUGGCGACGAUUCUUCAGCUCCCGCGCCAACAGCUCCUGUUAUCACAGAUGCCGAGAACAAGACGGAAGGAUCUGCUCAGACCGCCUCCACACCAGCCCCUGGAGGAACCGCGGAGACCAUGACUUCCUCCAUCGCUACCUUGAAGCCUACGAGUCCUCUGCCAGCGGAGACUUCCACACAGUUCCUCACGAUAGAAGCGACCUCGGCACCCUACGUCGACCCUACACCUCCUACUCCGCGAACUUCCCAACCGCCUUCCCGAACCCCUUCGAACGCAGGUCAGCGCCGGAUAUCCUCCGAAUCCUCCCCAACAAGGUCCGACGCGGGCUACGACGAGCGUCGAUACGCGAGCGAAGAUGAGCAAGAGGGUUCGCGCUCAGAGAUCCAGAGCAUCAUGGAGCAGUUCACUGGCGACGGCGGAGGUCCUGGAGAGGAGGAAGUCAUGAGCCCAAGACUGGAGAUUGCGUCGCCGAUGCUGGGAACUACUCUGGGCAGCCCCGGAAUCCAGCACCCUCCUCGCAAGUCUAGUCUCGAGCCUCUGGUGGCGCCGUCGCUUUCCCACCAGGUGCAGGAGCUGCAGGGCCUUAGGAUACACACCGCUUCUCCCUCGAGCAUUCUCUCCCGCGAAAGGCCAACCGACGAUCAAGGGCCGCCGGUGCCCCCUAAGGAUGGGCCGCCCGCAACCCCGGCGCGUUCGCACGACGACCGCCAAAUGAGUGUCGAUUCUCAAAUGUCUCCAGGACUGCACCGACCGCCGCCGCCUGAGCCCGAGCCCGAGCCAGCACUACCAUUCGAUUUCCACCGGUUCUUAGAACAACUACGAAACAAAAAGGCAGACCCAGUCGCCAGAUAUCUCAAGUCGUUCUUGUCCGAGUUUGGAAAGCGACAGUGGAUGGUGCACGAGCAGGUCAAGAUCAUUAGUGAUUUCUUGGCAUUCAUCGCCAACAAGAUGGCCCAGUGUGAGGUGUGGCGGGAUGUUUCUGACGCCGAGUUUGACAAUGCGCGCGAGGGUAUGGAAAAGCUCGUCAUGAACAGACUCUACACGCAGACCUUCUCUCCUGCGAUUCCUCCGCCCCAACCUAUCCCCGGCGCGAAGCCAAAGAGGAGAGGUGGCGAGCGACCCAUGGGACCCGGACGGAGGGGGCAGCACCAGGAAGAUAUUGAGCGCGACGACGUUUUGACGCAAAAGAUCCAGAUCUACGCCUGGUUGAGAGAAGAGCAUCUGGAUAUUCCUCCUGCUGGCGAGAGUGGUAGGCGGUUCCUCAAACUCGCCCAGCAAGAACUUCUCAAAAUCAAGUCUUACAGGGCCCCUCGAGACAAGAUUAUCUGCGUCUUGAACUGCUGCAAGGUCAUAUUUGGCCUACUGAAGCAUUCCAAAUCGGAUUCUUCUGCAGACUCCUUCAUGCCUCUUUUGAUUUAUGUUGUCCUUCAAGCCAACCCCGAGCAUUUGGUCUCCAACGUACAGUACAUUCUGCGUUUCAGGAACCAGGAGAAGCUCGGCGGCGAGGCGGGCUACUACCUGUCAUCAUUGAUGGGUGCCAUCCAGUUCAUUGAGAACAUGGACCGCACAACGUUGACUAUCACCGACGAAGAAUUUGAGAAGAAUGUCGAAGCAGCUGUUUCGGCCAUCGCAGAGAAGCACCGCCUUGACUCUCCUCAUCCCGUGCAAGAACCUGUAUUCUCAGAAAAGUCUGGCUUUAGCUUUCCACCAAGCGAGGCUUCCACAACAAGGCCGUCGUUAGACAUUGCCGUCGGCGAAUCGUCAGUUCCACGUCGCUCGACCUCGUCGAACGAGGGCACCCCAGAUACAGACCAGGCUCCGAUAAGUGGUCUUCUCCGCUCAAUACAGAAACCACUGAGCACAAUCGGUCGCAUGUUUUCCGACGAGCCCUCGCCUCCACCGGCGGGACCAAGCAACCCGCCCCGAGCUCCAGGUGGCCCCGAGCGCUUGUCUCCGAGACCUAGUAUGGAAGUUGAGGGACAACGACCCAGCUCCCGGCACCAGCUGUCGGCAGAGGAGGCGGCCGCAAGACAGGCGAGUGCCGAGGCUGCAGAAGCUCAGCGCCUUCAUCGGGCAGAGCACAACAACGUCGUCGAAACGCUUGCUGGCAUGUUUCCCGACCUUGACAGGGACAUUAUUUCGGACGUGGUAUACCAGAAGCAGGGCAGGGUUGGACUGGCUGUAGACGCCUGCUUGGCCCUCUCGACUUAG